ACCUUAUGUUUUUAUUUUGUGUUCUGUGUGUUUUCAGGGACAUGUGUUUUUAGGGUUAUGUUUACAUUGAGGGAGUGAAAUAUUCUGAAUCUUUUUAGAUAUACGAUUCUGAAAAAUGGCAAAAGACAAUAGCGUAGUCCAUAGACCGGGUCCCUUCAAACAGCCCAAUAAGAGUCACAAACACGGGAGACACCGUUCCAAAGGCUCCAUAUCCAUAGAAAAUAAAGGAAAAGUUUCGGUCAAGACGCUCUCUAAAAAAAUUAAGCAGGAGUUGAAUAGGGAACAGAGGAGACACAGAGAAUCUCAAAUCCGACAAAACAAAAGGGAUGAAGUAUUGGCAAAAAAAAGAUCUCUAGGGGGCCUAGAGUGUGCUCCAUUUCUGAUAUGUGUUUUACCGUUGAACAAAACCUUGGACCCGACCAGUGCGAUAGAAAUACUUUCCCAAUGUGAUGAAGAAGCUGUGGUUUCUCAUGCAAAGGAAGGAGUCACACAUAUCGGUAUACCAAGGUUCAAACAGAGAUAUGAGUUCGUAACACCAGCUGUCGAUUAUGAUUUCGGUAUUUUGGAUACUCUGAAAGUUGCUGAUACUGUUCUACUCCUGAUAUCAGCUGCAGUUGGCCAAGAAGAAAAUGAAUCCUUGAUCGACUCAUGGGGAAUAAACAUUUUAACUUCUAUUUUAGCACAAGGGUUACCUACACCGGUAGUAGUUGUUACUGAUUUAGAAAGUAUUGCACCUAAAAAGAGGAAUCAAAACAAACAGUUUAUCCAAAAGAUGAUUAAUAAAUGGUUACCGGAUGAAAAAGUUAUGGUGCUAGACAAAAACGUGGAUGGUAUAAACCUUUUGAGAAGAAUUGGUAGUCAAAAAAGGAAGCCAGUGCUGUACAGAGAUCGAAGACCACAUGUGUUUGGUGAAGAGGUGGAAUAUGUUCCAAAUGAACAAGGAACUUUUGGUACUUUAAAAAUCACAGGAUAUCUAAGAGGAGCAGCUCUUUCCGUCAACCAAUUGGUGCACAUUCCUGGUUUGGGUGAUUUCCAGAUGUCACAAAUUGAUGCUCCUUUUGAUAAUCACAAAUUCGACAAAAAAAAUUUCAUGGAAUCAGGUAAACAGUCUGUCACUAGAAUUCUGGAAAUUAGUGAUCCAAGUCAACAAGAAUCUCUUGAUUCCGAAAAUAUUCCCGAUCCUAUGGAUGCUGAACAGACAUUUCCCACAAAUGAAGAAUUGGAGGAAGCCGAAAGGAAUCAGCAAUCGCAGUUGAGGAAGGUCAAGAAGGUGCCAAAAGGCUGGUCUGACUAUCAAGCAGCUUGGAUCCCUGAUGAUGAUGCAGAGUUUCAGGAAGAUCAGUUAGAAAAUGAUGAAGAUCAGUCUGCAGAUGAGGUCAUGGACGCAAUGUCCGAAGACAGGUCAGACAAUUUGGACGAAGAAAAAGACGUUGACCUGGAAACUGUUACUGACUCGGAGGUGGCAGUUAAUGACGAAAAAUAUGACAAUGAAAUGGAUAUUUACGCGGAAAAAGAGGCACUUCUAAAACUGAAAGCUGCGAAAAGUGAUCAGCAGUUUCCAGACGAAGUAGAUACCCCAACAGAUCAAUUGGCAAGGGUUCGAUUCCAGAAGUACAGAGGGUUGGAAAGUUUCAGAUCAUCUCCAUGGGAUCCAAAAGAAAAUUUGCCAAGUGAUUACGCUAGAAUUUUCCAGUUUGAAAACUUUGACAGGACGAGAAAACGUGUAAUGGCUCAACAAGAAGAUAAAGAUGGUGUCUUGCCCGGUUGGUAUCUGACAAUACAUGUCAAAGACGUUUCCCAACUCACUUGGUCCUCGUUUCGAGAGAUUAAAUCCCCUGUUGUGUUAAUUGGGAUGUUUCCACACGAGCACAAGAUGUCUGUUUUGAAUACUGUUUUGAAGAGAACUCCGUGCAGUGAUUUGCCAAUCAAAUCUAAAGAAAGGUUAAUCUUUCAGUGCGGGUAUAGGCGUUUUGUUGUCAAUCCUAUAUUCAGCAGUCAUACAAAUGGUCAAAAACAUAAGUUCGAAAGGUUUUUUCAACCCCAGUCAACUGUGGUGGCAACGUUCUAUGCCCCAAUACAAUUUCCACCGGCACCAGUUUUGUGCUAUAAAGAAAUAAACAACAAGCUUGUUCUGGUAGCUACUGGAAGUCUCCUGUCAUGUAACCCAGAUAGGCUGGUCAUCAAACGAUUAGUAUUAUCAGGACAUCCAUUGAAAAUUCAUAAAAGGUCUGCUGUCAUAAGGUUUAUGUUUUUCAAUCGUGAGGAUAUUGUAUAUUUCAAACCUUGUACACUCAGGACAAAAAUGGGAAGGGUUGGACAUAUCAAGGAACCCUUAGGUACACAUGGACACAUGAAAUGUCAAUUCAAUGGACAGUUGAAUUCACAAGAUACUGUACUACUAAGUCUAUACAAGAGAGUCUAUCCCAAAUGGACUUAUGAAAAUCUUUCAGUAUCUGUCGACAGUGAAAAGAUGGAUACUUAAAUACGUCUUUGUAUGUUAUGCAUAAUGUACAGUGUUUUUUGUUAUAAGUAUAUUUUAAAAUAUAUUUUUCGUGACUGAA